CGCGGAGACUAAAUCACUUUCAUCCUUCGUGGCUGUUUCACUUCUUUCACAACUCAGGAGCCCGCCUUCCUAGCUACCUGCUGUCCGUACUUUGGCCUUUCAGACCGUCCAUUCAAUCCAAAGUGCGCUUAUUGUCAUUGUAACCAGUUCAGCUGCACCAUGCGAUUCAUUCAAGCUCUCGUUAUCCUCCCAGCCCUUGCUGCGGCGCAAGAGCAGGUUCCCCUUGCGGAUCGAGUUCAGGGAUGGUUCAACAAGGCCAAGUCUUACCUGCCAACCGCGACUCCUGUUGUUCCUACGGUCGAGAAGGUCGUCGAACAGAAGGUCCAACAGAAGGCUGUCGCGGUCACCCCUUUUAACAUGAGCAACUGGCAGUCUCUCUUGGAGCCAUCUUCCGAGCCCCAAGACUGGCUGCUGUACAUUACUGGUGGUAACAAGACCUGUUUCGGUCGUUGCGGAAACGCGGACAAAGCUUUCAAUGAAUCUCUUCUCCUGUUCUCCGCAGACCCUACCUCCCCUAAUCUUGGUCAUCUGAACUGCGAAUCGGAUCAGCUCCUGUGCUCCACAUGGUCUGCAGGCGCUCCCUCUGUUUGGUACUUUGAAGUUCCUCAAGCUCAACUUGGCGGGAGUCGUGCUGCGACACCUCUCCACGUCGUGUAUCUGAACUCGACAACUGUGACGGCCCAGGACAUCUACAAGAUUCAUUCCGAGAAGACCUACAAGAAGGAACCCGCUUACGAAGGCGCCCUCCACCCAACGGACGGCUGGCUAGCCCAGAACAACCUUCUUGUCCCCCUGGGCUAUGUCAUCCACGGUUUCAGCGUUAUCCCCAGUUGGCUCUUCAUGAUCUUCAUCAGCUUUGCUAGCCGAACUCUGAUGAGCCGCCGAAUGGGCAACGCGGGAGCUCGCCCUAACUAGAAGAUGACGGUGAUGUUGUUCUCUAAUCUCAGCACUGUCGGGAAUGUAUAUAUAAUGCAGUAGCGG